GGCAACAGCGAAACGCCGCUUAAUGCGCUGCUCUUCUCUCUAUUCUUCCAUCACCAACAACCGUGCAUUAUAUUGAAACGCACGUGUUGUGUAUUUAAAUAAUUUCAUUUUUUUGAACAUAACCAGAAAGUCAUGUCAGAAACUAUGGAAGUAUCAACUAGUGAGGUGCCUGCAUGUCCUGUUACCAAUGGAACCAUUGAAAAUGGGGAAUCGCCCUGUUUCGAUUCCCAUGGCAAAUAUUGCUUUCGGUGCCAAAAGGAAAUGGAUGGUCUGACGACCUACCGUCCAGAAGAAAUGACUUCAAAAGAUUACUAUUUCGACUCUUAUGCCCACUUUGGAAUUCAUGAGGAAAUGUUGAAGGAUGAAGUGAGAACAUUGACGUAUCGGAAUGCCAUGUAUCAUAACAAGCAUUUAUUCCGUGGAAAGGUUGUCUUGGAUAUUGGAUGUGGAACUGGCAUACUGUGCAUGUUUGCAGCUAAAGCUGGUGCUUCCAAAGUCAUUGGAAUUGAAUGUUCUGGAAUUGUAGAACAUGCAGAGAAAAUAACAAGAGAAAAUCAUCUAGAUGAUAUCAUCACCAUCGUCAAAGGAAAGGUAGAGGAUGUUGAAAUUCCUGCUGAAAAGGUGGACAUUAUCAUAUCCGAAUGGAUGGGCUACUGCCUCUUCUAUGAAUCGAUGCUGGAUACAGUUCUCUUUGCCAGAGAUAAGUGGCUGAAACCUGAUGGUAUGAUGUUUCCUGACAGAGCAACAUUAUUCUUAUGUGCCAUUGAAGACAGACAGUACAAAGAUGAAAAGAUAAAUUGGUGGGACAGUGUCUACGGAUUCAACAUGAGCUGCAUCCGUAAAGUCGCCAUCUCUGAGCCUCUUGUGGAUGUCGUGGAUCCCAAACAGGUGGUGACUAAUGUCUGUUUACUAAAGGAAGUAGAUUUGUACACUGUUAAAGUAACGGAUCUGAAGUUCUCGAGUCCAUUCCACUUGCAAGUAAAACGAGAUGAUUACAUACAAGCUUUUGUGACGUUUUUCAACGUCGAAUUCACAAAGUGCCACAAGCGAACCGGAUUCUCUACUGCUCCUGAAGCACCAUACACUCACUGGAAACAAACUGUCUUUUAUUUUGAUGAUUAUCUUACCGUGAGGAAAGGAGAAGAAGUUUAUGGUAAUUUUAGCAUGUGCCCUAAUGAAAAGAAUAAAAGAGACUUGGAUUUUAGUUUGGACAUUGACUUCAGGGGUGAGCUUUGUGAACUAAAUGAAAAGUUUAUCUACAGAAUGCGCUGAGAGAAAGACAGACUCUUGUGCCAUCUCGUCACAAAGAAAUUCCUUUUUAGCAGCCUGUGUAAACCUUGAACAUUUAUUUUAUCCUUAAUUUUAGAAAUUUAAAAUCAUGUCUGAUGGACUAUUUAUUUUUUCGUGAGACGAUUUUUCGGUCUCGACAAUUCAAAAUGGUGUUUUCGCAUUUGGUCAGCAUUGAGUGGAAAUAUACUAUGGCUUAUCACGAAUAUUUUAAAUUGAAAACAAUUUUUUUUUUUUAAAUCUUAGCAUUUAAUUUCAUACAUCUGUGCUUCAUAUACCAACAGAAUCAUUCUUAAAAACAUAUAGGCUUUGAAUGUUGGUAGUUACAUUAAUUACUUGGUUGUCAUUUCAUUUCAACAAUCUUCUUAAAUGCCUAAAUUUUAUUAUUGGUUUAAUAAACUUCUAUACUUGCCAACUGUACUGUUUUUAUUCAUUUUUGGAAGCUUUCCUUAUUGCAUGUUCAACAAAGCAUGUGGCUUGCUGAAAAUAGCAGCAGAUUUCAAUCUUUUUGCAUCUUGAAAAUAUUUUAAUUAUUUUGAAAGUUUGAGGUUAUUUUAACAUGUGCUACCCUAUACCUACCUAUUUUAUGUUUUAUUUUAAUAAUAUAUUGAUUUUUUCCCGAAUUUUUGUAGCACCUUUUUAUUUUUUGGUAGAGACUAAGGAAUAUACGAAUUUCAGACUUCAUUCCUAAUUAAUUGAUUUUUUCCUUUGUAGUAUUAUGUAUUUUUCUUGCUGCGAUCAAUUAGCUUACAUCUAAGAAAAAUCACUACUUCACUUUAAGUUUAGUAUUCAUGUUAUUUAAAAGCAUAAUUUAAUAAUUUUGAUAUGAAAUGUGUCGCUGGUGAGAGAAUCACCUAUAAACAGUAAAACCUGUAAAGUUGACCACUUGUCUAAGUUGACCGCUUUUGUCAGGAACGGAAUUAGUCCUAUCUUAUAAAAUGAAGAAAAACCUCUGUAACUUGACCACCCCUCUAUCUUGACCACUAAUAUACACCAGCUUUGGUUUGUAGUAUUGUAAAAAGCCCUUUGUAAGUUGACCACUAGGCAAAAGCAUUAGAUUGUACUAAAGGUUUCAUCAGUUAUGCCUCAAAUAAAUAACCAGACAUUUUAGAAAAUCCUAUGAAUAUUUAUGUUUCCAUCGAAAAACAUUGGGCUGAUGUUAUGUCCCACAAAAUGCGCCAAACUUCAAUAAGGAGUUAUUUUGUUGAAAAGUAGAUUACCACGGUUACAAAUGUUCACGAAAAAAUCAAAUGAAGAAUUUGAGUAACUUUUGACUUAUGAAUUUUUAGGAAUUGUUAAUAUCAAGUAAGUUGUUUUUCAUUAGUAAUGAGGCUUUUUUUUUUGAUCAAUUCACAGAAAUUUUAAAUUUGUAUGAUACUUUACGAGUCAUUCAGGUAAAUAAUCUCUAAAAAUAUUUAAACAAUAUUUUUUCUUAUUGUUUUAAAGUAAUGUUAAACAAUGAAAGUGAGUUUUAAAGUAUUCCAAUUAGUUAAAAAUGAAUGCAUGGGACAAGAAAUGACAAAAAAAAGUUUUCAUUACUACCCUCUAUAAGUUGACCACCUGUCUAAGUUGACCACCAAAGUGCUGCACCGCAAGUGGUCAACAUACACAGGAUUUACUGUACUUCUAGUGGAAUCUCCUUUUUUUUUUUUCUUCUUCUUCUUCAAAGGUUGGCAAGUAUAAACUUCUGUAGUGGCAUAUAAAUAUUGUGUGAUGGCAUAAAUAAAACAACCAGAUACCGAUAUAUUACAAUAUUGUCCGAUGUUCUUUAAAUAUCACUAUAUACAGUAUUCUACCGAGAUAUUGUCUUGCUGGACUAAUAUUUCUUUUGUAUUUUUGCUUUCAUGCUCGCUCAACCUUUUUGCAAGGAAUAAAUGUAGCAAAUUUAAGAAUCAUUUUCCAAAAAAUACUGUCAAAAGAAUGAAUAUUGUUUUGUUUUACUGAAUUGUGUGUAUUAAAUAAAUUGAUAGUGAAUAAUGAAGCUACUGAAAUGCCCCCUUUUUUUUAAGUUCAGAUGCUUGUGCUUUGCUGUAGUAGCUUCAAUAGUUGGGGGACUGAACAAAAGUUAUAUACAAGGUAAUUGCGACUGUUCUGUUCGUUCAUUUUUUUCUACAUUUUGAUGUUCAAGCUAUAGAUUCACUUAUUCAAUAAAUAUCCAACAUGAAAUUGCUGUUAGCAAUGUAUUUCUUUAAUGAAUUUCCAUAAGUUUAAUAUGUGUUUUGAACAUCAGUGACAUGAACUUUACAAAAUACAUUCAGUGACAAAAUUUUUAACUUCAUGUAAGAUUUUCAUAUUUGAAAUUUUAUUUCAUAACUUAACUAAUCUCAUCAGUGACCAAUCUAUUUAUUUUUGUUGUAGUGUAAAAUUUUAUUUAAAAAAAAAGUCAUCAAUCAGUAAUGUGUAAACUUAUACAAGUUUGAAUCAAUAAAUAUUCAUUCCAUAA